UCAAUAGGAUAGCAGAGAAAAAGAUAAGGCGCUCAUCCUCCUGAGAUCUGCCGCGAAGUUAUCUGCACACGUCCAAACUCCUCUUGCCUGUCAUCCUGAUAUUAUAGCUCCCCAAAUCUUAGCAAUAUUGUUGUUUAUUUAUAUACAAAUAUAUGUUGUAUAUAUUUUCUACUUAAAGUCGGCCGCCCGUUGUAGUUCCUCGAAUCUUUUCGUGCCUUCAAACUUCAAUUGGUUAAGAAUCGACCACAGUUUUGCAUUCUGCAAGGACAAUGGCGUCAUUGCCCGCCCUCCCGCAGUUGGGUUUUUCCCCUUGCUUCAAGAGGAGAGCUCCUUUUCUUGUGAAGGCAAGUCAUGGUGAAAAUGCUGUCGUGGAUGCUCAAUCUGUUGUUGGGAGGCGUCAAACACUUGCAAUGGGAGCAGUUGCUGCUUCCAUUUCUCUGCUUGCCUCGGCACCUGUUUCAUUUGCUGCAGAAUCUCUUAAAGGAUUUCAACCCGUGCUGGAUAAAACCGAUGGAUAUUCAUUUUUCUAUCCUUUCGGAUGGCAGGAAGUUGUUGUACAGGGCCAAGACAAGGUUUUCAAAGACGUGAUUGAGCCACUGGAAAGCGUUAGCGUCAACUUGUUUCCCACAAGUAGACAGGAUAUCAAGGAACUAGGUCCCCCGCAGGAGGUUGUGGACGCUUUGAUUAAAAAGGUUUUGGCUCCUUCAUCUCAAACUACAAAGCUAAUUGAGGCAGCUGAGCAUGUUGUUGAUGGAAGGUCGUACUACACCUUUGAGUUUGUAGCUAAGGCUUCGAACUACACCCGCCAUGCUCUUGGUUCCAUCUCCAUUGCCAAUGGUAAAUUCUAUACGCUGACAACGGGAUCCAAUGAAAGGCGAUGGGAUAAGAUGAAAGAGAAAUUGCACACUGUUGUGGAUUCCUUUAAAGUCUUUGCGUUGUAACUUGCACCCUUGUCCCUUUCAUUCUCCACUUUCUCUCCUUCUUUGUGUGACAAAGAAGUGGUGAGAUGCACUUUAAUAACAACACAGCCUUUUUUAAACUGUGGGAGGCAUUAUCUGUAUCAUAAUCAUUUUUCUUGUAAUUUUGAGAGUGUACAGGUUAUUCAGACAAAUAGUUCUCUGGAUAACAAUGUGUCAUUUGGGUAAUUCUAUACGUCGUUAUAAGGCUGAGCA